AUGGAUGCAACAUGCCACAAGGGUUAAUCUCCAUCGUUCCUUUUGGGAUGCGGGGAGCAAUUUAAAUUCGAGUUAGCGCGAGAGAGUGACUGGGGUAGAAUUGAUUGCACCGUCGUGGAAAGAUGGGCAGAUAAAUUCAUGGCCCUGCCCAUCGUUUCCAGUUUCGUUGCUGUACAUGUUCUGCAGAGCUGAUCCUAUCCACCUGAAUUGAGUUUUAUCUGCUGAUCGACUGUACAUAAACCAGAAUGCGCUUCCACGUUCCCUUCCUCCUGGCUCUUACUGCCAUUACACAGGCAACCCCUGUCCCGGAGCUCGUCAAGCGUGAUGGCGCUGCCGUGUUGGACGCCGUCAACACCAUAUCCGAGGCAAUGGUUACCCUCAACACCACCGUGACCUCCUACAAGGGCGGGUUCAUCGGCACGGGCACGGCCCUCAAGAUCGAGUUCCAGUCAAUCGCACUCAGCAACGACCUCAAAGACGGCAUCUCCACGACCAAGGUCUCUGCCAACUUCACCGACGAGGAGUCGCUCAGUGUCUCCGGUGCUUUCCUCGACCUGCAGCCGAACAUCUUCACUACCCUUGACAAUAUCGUCUCGAAGAAGCCGCAGUUUGAUACGGGGCUGUUGGGCAUCGGGUCGCUUUCGUUCUUGGUCAAGUCUAACUUGGAGAACCAGAGGGACCUUGCGGCGGAGCUUGGGGAGGAGGUUACUGUUAAACUUACCCCGGCAUAUGCGGCGAUUGCGCCGGCGUUGAACAAGCAGAUUGCCGAUAAGUUUGAUGAGACUAUUGCGGUGUUUGAAUAGGCCUUGGAUGGGUAUAAUGAGUGGUGGAUUGUAGUCAGAAUGGAACACUUGUAAAUAUCACUCCUAUUACCGAAGUCUUUUGUCAUCCGUAGUUAAUAGUAGUAUCUAGCUAGAUCUGACCGUCACUUGAUACACCACUACCAUAAUCAUGCUGCCACUCCAUGGACAGACAAUAAACAUUAUAUAUCAUAUUCAUAUCCGAAAUUACACCCCCAAAGCCUUAAGAAUAGCCUCCCCAACCCCCGUCGCACUAGCCGGGUUCUGCCCUGUAAUCAACGGUCCUCCCAGCUCCGCAACCUUGGCCACAAUAACCUUCUCGCCCCAAGGCUGGUCCGCCUUGACAUACUUCCCGCCAGACUUCUUCUGCAGCUCAUCCUCCAGCAUAAACGGCAUCACCUUGCUCAGAUCAACCUGGUCCUCCUCGGUGUUCGAGAACCCGGUGACUUCUGCGU